UGAUAUGAAUGUACUAAUUCAUUUUUAACUCAAGAUUGAUUGCAAUAAUGUUGCGUUCUGCACUUCUGAGAGGUAUUUUCAUACGGAACUUCAGUGUUAAUGCUAUAAAGUGUGCUGCCGCAUCCUCAAAUGCGCGCAGAUCAGCUGUCUGUCCUUCAGAGCUGCAUCAAGGACCCUUGAGAUACUUUAGUGAAUCAGCUACUUUAACACCUUCAAGGUGGACUGAUAGCAGCAAUACCAAGACAAACGCAUCUGAGCAUGUGCACGAGGAAGAUACACGUAAUGUGUUUGGUGAUUAUUCCAGAAAGUUUUCCUCCAGACGAACCUUCCGCAAAACAUCCCCAGAGCAGCUGGAUCUGAAAUACAGAGAUGCGGAUGAAGAUGAUGCGCAGCUGGUGGAAAAGUUCAAGUCCAAAAAGGGUCGGAAAAAUACGACAUACUGGUAUUUCCUCCAGUGCAAACGGCUCAUCAAAGAGGACAAACUGGCCAAGGCAUUGGUUCUCUUUGAGGCUGAUAUGCUUAAAGCUGAGAGGUUACAACCUGAGGAGUACAAUUACACUGUGCUCAUCGGCGGAUGUGGACGUGUCGGCUACCUAAAGAAAGCCUUCCAACUCUACAAUAAUAUGAAGAAGCGAGGAAUCGAGCCAUCCGAUGCUACAUACACUGCUCUAUUCAACGCUUGUGCGGAGUCACCAUGGAAACAGUCAGGUCUGGAACAGGCAUUGAAGCUCAAGCAAGAGCUUCUCAAGAAGAACAUCCCUCUCAGAGCCAUUACCCAGCAUGCUUUGCUCAAAACAGUUGCUCUUGCUGGAGAUCUGAAGUCGUGCUUUCAAAUUCUGCGGGAGAUGCUUCAAAAUGGACAACCCAUCACACAAGAGACAUUUCAUUAUCUGCUGAUGAGCUGUGUGAAGGACAAGCAGCAUGGAUUCAGACUG